AUGGAUGGUGACUCGGACGAAGAUGAAACGGAGAGUUUACCUUCGCGAUAUGUUGAGAUCGACAACCAUGGUCCAUUUUCGAAUUUGGCCGAGUUAAAAACACAUCCUGCUCACCUCGCUGUAUUUAUCAACUACUUACUAUCUAAUGCUAAUCCGAAUAGUUUGGUAAGUUGA